AUGUUAACAUUAUUUAUUCUCAUCGUAUUUUCUUGUUCAAUUAAUUCAUUAUGGGCAGGAACACCAUUUAAAGAUUGUGGAUCAAAACUCGGUGUAAUUGAAGCCUUUGAAGUAACUGAUUGUCCAACUGCUCCGUGCAAAUUUAUAAAAGGCAAAACAUAUGCAAUGAAUUUAACAUUUACGGCACAUGCUCCAUCAAAAACAGCGUCGGUUAGCAUUCAUGGUGUUAUCGGUGGUGUUCCACUUCCAUUUCCAUUACCAGAUUCUAAUGCUUGUCACCUGAAUGUUAAAUGUCCAAUAAGUGCAAAUGAUAAAAAUAUAGCAUCAAUGUCAUUACCUGUUUUACAAGCAUAUCCAUCACUUUCACUUUAUGUCAAGCUUGAAAUUAGCAAUGAUGAUCAAAAACAAGAUUAUGCGUGUUUAUUAUUUCCAGCAACAAUAACAAGUGGUUCACAUGAAAAAAAAGAUUUGGUUGGCUGGAAAAAAGGCAAAUUAUUUGAAAUGCUUGAUUGA